AUGGUGCCGAGAUACUACCACGACACGCAGAUUAUGCACGGCAACAACGACAAUGUCUCGCCGAGAUAUCUCAUCACCCGCGCUCAGAAAGACCAGAUCGCGACACAGAUUUCUAUCGGAACGCAUCGUAUCUGUUCCGAUCAUCAGAUCGGCUUGCUGUCAUUCUUUGCCAAUGAUGGAACGAUCCUUGACGACAAACAUAGUAUUGAAGCUAUUCACGUUCGCUCGUUCAGCGAUCAGUUCAUUGAAAGCUUGCCGGCAUCCAGAAGCCUUGUGGGGGCUUUACCCAGCAAAGACGUAUUCCUCGCAGCGCACUUGACACCGAUGAACAUCCAUGUGGACGAUGCUAUUUGCCUGAUCUGCUGGCAGCCACCGACGUCGCCAGUGCAAACACAAUGCAAACACCUCUACUGCGCGCAGUGUUUGAUUGCGUGGUUUAAAAUCACCGACACCUGCCCCUAUGACCGCAGAGUGCUUUUUGAGGCCGAGAGCGCUUCUACAACCCAACCCAUGACUCUGCCGAACGAGGGACUAUUGCAAGCGAUGACCUGGCCACAAGGUCUCGAGCCGUUCACCAUCGCAGACACCGAGGACGAAAAGUCACCCUUUGCAACCGACGCUGACCUCGAGGUGGUGGACGACAGAAUCCUCGCCAUCCGUGCAGCAGUGGUCCACUUGACCAAACAUUUCGAUGACUGGUUCCGCGUCGGCACUGGUGAGAAUGAGUACUUGCAUGACCACGAUGCCGACAGCCCGGUCGACACUGACCCUACCAUACUCCGACAAAUUGCUCUCGCAGGGUGUCAGCGACUCGCAUCAUCACCAGGUCACCACCCUGUCAUGCAUGCCAUGUGUCGAUACGAAUGGACCCGAAUAUACCGACGCAUUAGCAAGCUCCUCGAACACAAAGAGAUACGCCCAGCCAAAGUCAGUGUGCUCAAGAAUGUUUUGGUCAGCCUUUUGAAGCCAUUCAAAUACGACAGGGGUCUCACGACGCGUAGUCCUGGUAUUGUCCUAAAUAGGGAAGUUCGUCGCUUCGGCGAAGACGUUCGAGUUCUUAUACGCUGGAUCGCGUCGACUGCUGCAAACCAGAGGAUGCAGCUCACAGCGGAGGUACCGGCGGGACUUGCCCAGCAGAUGUUGAUACUCGCGUCAAAAAUACAUCCGUAG